GAAAAAAACCUUUACAACAUAUACUAUAUAAGAUUUUACAGUUGGCAAUAUAUUUGUUUCCACAUACGUAAAAUCAAAACGAUAUAACCAUAAUAUUUUGACGAUAAUUUCAAUAUAAUUUGUUUGUUGAUGAUAAAUAUGAGUAGAAGAAACAAAUAAAUACGUCUCCUUAAAACCAGCCUGAAAGAAACAGCUUCUCUUCCGUCUUUUACGCUCCAUCUCUCUCUCUUCGUGAUUUCCUAAGCCCUUCUCUUCUCAGAUUCUCUCUUUCAGAUCUUCUCUGUUUUCAUCCACAAACACCAAAAAAAAGCAAAGAGAAUAAAAAAAAAUCCUCUGUUUACUCAAAAGGAUAGGAGAUAAAUCUCGCACUAUUAGCCGCCUAAACAGAAAUCCACCAUUGAAAUUCUCAUCUUUCUUCUUAGAUUGUUGAGAAUUUUUCAAUUAGCUUAUUGCGUGUGCCUUUUGUUUCUUUCUUGUUUCUGCAUGUCCUAGUGGUUGAUACAGCUGACUUUUGGUUUUAGUUUUUUUUUUUAAUUGAUUUGAAUAUUAUAUUAAGAUCUUACUUUCUCUGGAAUCAUUCGUGUGCUAGAUAGAUCGAUCAUAAAGACAAAUUGUGGGUAACAAGUCGUUUUCUUAGGGUUUACUUUUUCUUAUAGUCGAUUUUUUUUUUUUUGCUUUUCUAAUUCAAUUGGAGAAAAUUUCAUUAUUGUUGGUUUUACCAAAAAAAAAAAAACACCUGAAUUUUUAAUAUUUGCGCCGCCUUUGUUUAACCUAGUAAUCAAAAGAUUGUUUUUUUAAAUAAUAAAUCCUGCGUGGUUUCAUUCAAUUCACUAGUAAUCUGAAAGAUUUUGUGAUGAUGUUGAUGAUGAAAAGAUUGAAGCUUUAAAUCAGAAUCUUUGCUGUUUUCGAAAGUUGUGUGGUCUUUGUCUAGUUAAAAAGAGUUUUGAUUUAAAUAUUAAGACAUGGAGAAGAGAUCAUCAGGAGAAGAAGGAGGAGACAACAAGAAAGACAGGAUCUUUCGUGCUGAUAAGAUCGAUUUGAAGAGUUUAGACAAACAACUUGAGAAACAUCUGAGUAGGGUUUGGUCAAGGAACCUUGAGCUAAACAAUAAAGCUAAGGAGGAAGAAUGGGAGAUUGAUUUGGCUAAGCUUGAAACAAAGAAUGUCAUCGCUCGUGGUACUUUUGGUACUGUCUACAAAGGCACCUACGAUGGUCAAGAUGUUGCAGCUUCUUAUUGAGUUUGGUGGUGUUUGUGUAAUGGCAGUGAAGGUUCUUGAUUGGGAAGAUGAAGGGAUUGAAAAUGGGAAGAAGAGUACUACAAAUCGUGAUUUAUUCCGUCAAGAGGUCACCGUUUGGCACAAACUCGACCACCCAAAUGUCACAAAGUUUGUUGGAGCUUCGAUGGGAACAAGGAACCUGAAAAUAUCAUCGACUGAAUCAGAAAACUCGUUUCCUCAACGAGCUUGUUGUGUGGUUGUGGAAUAUGUUCCUGGUGGAACAUUGAAACAGUACUUGUUCCGUAAUAGACGAAAGAAACUCGCUUUUAAAAUCGUCAUCAAACUCGCUCUUGAUCUCGCCCGAGGGCUAAGCUAUUUGCAUAAAAAGAAGAUUGUGCAUCGCGAUGUGAAAGCAGAGAACAUGCUUUUGGAUACUCAAAGGAAUUUGAAAAUUGCGGAUUUUGGAGUGGCUCGAGUGGAAGCUCUUAAUCCAAAGGACAUGACUGGACAAACCGGUACUCUUGGAUACAUGGCUCCUGAGAUUAUCGAUGGUAAGCCAUACAACAGAAGGUGUGAUGUUUACAGCUUUGGGAUAUGUUUAUGGGAAAUCUACUGCUGCGAUAUGCCUUAUCCUGAUCUUAGUUUUGUCGAUGUUUCUUCUGCGGUUGUCUUACAUAAUCUGAGGCCGGAGAUACCGAGAUGCUGUCCGACUUCAUUGGCGAAUAUAAUGAAGAAAUGUUGGGAUGAGAAUUCGCAGAGACGACCGGAGAUGGAGGAAGUGGUGAAGAUGCUUGAAGGAAUUGAUACCAGCAAAGGCGGCGGAAUGAUACCGGAAGAUCAGAGAUCUGGCUGUUUCUGUUUUGCUCCGGCUCGUGGUCCUUGAAUUUCGCUUUUUACCCCGUGAUUUCUUUUAUCGUCUUGUAUUCUUCUUGUCCUUUGACAUUGAAUGCUUUGUAUUUCUUCUUCCCCAAGAAGCGUCUUUUAACUAUUUUCUUUAACUUUGUUUUUUUGGUCGUUGUGAAUACUCAAAGUGGAGACAAAAAAGUAGAGUCAUUGGUUUUUGUGGUUGACAAAAGAAAGAAAAACGAAUGAUUGUUUAGUUGAUUUAUUAAUUUCUAUGAUUGUUGUCAUUAUCAGAGAUUGUUUGUAAGUUUCCUCUUCU